AUGGAAAGUAGUGAUAUAAUUCACACUCCUUGUGAUGAUAAAGGUUUUGAUACUGAAGAUUCUCCGAGUAGUGAGAUAACAAUUAGCUCAGAAAAUGAGUCUUUUUCAAAUGACAACUCACAACCAAAAGACAAAAUGAUUAAUGACAGUCAAGAAAAAGAAGAAAAAGAACGAAAUAUUUGUAAUGAAAAAGGGUCUAUUCACGAAAAUAUAAAACAUGAAGAAAUGACUAAGGAAAAAAUAGUUACAAAAACUCCAACUCAAACACCAACAACUAAAAAUUGUUCAGUUGGACAGAAAGGAAAACCUUCUCUAAUUUCCAUUAAGGAGUUAUCUAUUUCUAAAUCACCCCAACCAAAACAAGAACAAAAAUUAAACAUUGAAGUAGUAGAAUGUAAAUCACCAACCAGUCCUAUUAUUUCUCCACGACAAAAAUUUACACCAAGAGCAUCAAUGAUUCAAUUAGUUAAAGGAUGCCCAGAAGAACAAAUUAUAAUAGGGUAUCCAGUUAGUUUAAUGAAUAGGAAUGAUGUUAUUAAUUUUAAAGGACCAAUGAAUGGACAAUUAACAUUAACUAAUUAUAAAGCAGUAUUUGUAGUUAAAUGUGUAAUAUUUAAUGUUAGUAUUCCAUUAACAAAGAUUGCAGAUUUUAAGAAAGUCAAUUCUAUGGAUAAACAACACAAAAGAUUAUUUUAUUUAGAGACAAAAGAUAAUAGAAAGUAUGUUUUUUCAUUUGAAAACAGAAGAGAUGAAAGAAAGCAAUUUAAUUUGAAUUUAUUAGAAUCAGUAUUUACAACAAGUCCAGAAAAAAUGUUUAUUUAUCAUAGUAAUUCACCACCAAUUUCACAUAGUUAUUAUCAAAUAGCUGUUGAAUUUGAAAGACAAGGAACACCAGAUACAUGGAGAGUAUUUACUGGAAAUCAAAAUUAUGAAUUAGCACCAACAUAUCCAUCAUUAACAUAUGUUCCAGUAAAUGCAAGUGAUGAAAUUAUUAAAGAUUCAAUGAAACAUAGGAGUAAAGGAAGAUUUCCUGUUUUGACAUGGUAUAAUAAAAAGAAUGGAUCUGUCAUUGUUAGAAGUGCACAGCCAUUACCUGGAAUGGUUACACCAGUAACAGGUAAGAAUACAAGUGGUGAUGUUACAUAUCUUCAAUUAAUAGAUGAGACAACAGGAAAAAGAGGCAUUCAUGUUUUAGAUUCUAGACCAAAACUAAAUGCCUAUACAAAUAAAGCUGCAGGUGGAGGAUAUGAAGAUGAAACAACAUAUCCAUUUGUUAAAGUAGAAUUUGAAAAUAUUGAUAAUAUUCAUGUUGUUAGAGAAAUAUGGACAAAUGUUGCAUUAGCUGCAUUUAGUUGGGAAGGAGAACUUGAAGAACAAAAAUUUAUGAAAUUACCAGAAGUAAAAGAAUGGUUCAAUCUUAUUGAAACAAUUUUUGUAAGUGUUAAAAAAGCAAUUAGAUAUCUUAUUAAAGGAGAAAGUCUUUUAAUUCAUUGUUCUGAUGGAUGGGAUAGAACAAGUCAAUGUUGUUCAUUAGUAGAACUAUUACUUGAUAAAUAUUAUAGAACAUUAGAAGGAUUUAUUGUUUUAAUUGAGAAAGAUUGGAAAUCAUUUGGACAUCAAUUUGAAAAAAGAAGUGGAAUAGGAGUUGUUUGUCCUCAUGGACAAUACUCUCCUAUUUUCUUCCAAUUUUUAGAUUGUGUUAAUAUUCUAAUACAUCAAUUUCCAGAUGAUUUUGAAUUUAAUGAACAAUUCCUUUUAGAAUUAAAUGAUGCUAUAUUUUGUUCUGAUUUUGGAACUUUCAUGUUUGACUGUGAAAAGACAAGAAAAGAAAGUGGUGUUGAACUUCAAACACCAUCAUUUUGGGAAUAUGUUGUUGGACAGAAAUGUAAAUUUAUUAAUCCAAGUUAUAAAGAUGAAACAGAAGAAUUAAUACUUGAAGAUAAACAACCAAAAUUAAUUCUUUGGACAAAAUAUUUCACAAGAUACAAAAUUAAAAUGUCACGAUGA